AUGUCAAGUGAUUCUAAAAUCAAUAAUUUAUUUGAGAACCAGGAAUGUUUAAAUUGUAAGAAAGUAUCAUAUAUAUUUAUAUAAAAAUUUAAGUUAAAAUCCAAUUACGAUAUAUUGAGAAAAGAUCAUUUAAAACUUUAAGAUUAAUAUGAAAAAUUAGAAAAAGAUAAGGAGAUGAUUCUUAGAGAUUCUUCAUAAGUAAUAAGCAUAAUUUUUCUUAUAGAAUGAUAGUGAUUUAAGAAAAAAUAGAUAAAAAUUUGAGGAAUUGCAAAAUGAAUAUAAUAAGAUAAAUGAAAAAUAUAUAAAAUUACAGGGAGAAUUAGAAAGAAGUAAUGCAACAAUCUAGCAAUUAAAGGCUAUAAAUUAAAAAAUUUAAUAAGAGAAAGAGGAUUUAUUGUUUGUAAAACCAGCUGAGAAUGUUUAAUAAAAUUAGACUCUAGAAUAAAUAAGUUUAUUAUAAGAAUAAUUAAGAAAGGCUUAAAAUUAAAAAGAAUAAGCUCUUAGCAUUAAUACAAAAUUAACAUUAGAAUUAUAACAACUAAAGAAUUAAUAAAAACCAUAAUAAACUAUAGUAUAACCAAUUCAAUUUUAAAGAGAAUCAACUUCAAAUGAUAAAGUGUUAUAAAUAGAAAUACAAAAUCUUAGAUAAAGAAUUGAUGAGAUGAAUGAUGCUCUUAGAAAAUAUUAAUAAGAAUAUUAAAUUUUAUAAAAGGAAUCUAAAGAAUAAAUUGAAAGUUUAUAAUAACAAUUGGAACAAUAAGAUAAGAAUAUUGAUUAAUAAUAAUCAUCAACUAUAUAAUUAAAGUAGCUACAAUAAUAGUUAAAGAAAAUGGAAGCUUAAAAUAAAGUUUUAUAAAAAUAAUUGGAUUAUAAAACAGAGAGAUAUAAUGAAUAAGUAAAGCAUUUCAAAAAUUUAUUAAGAUUGAUGAUAUUAAUAAAUUGCAAGAGGAAUUGAAUGUGUGCAAGACAAAUUAAAUAAUUUCCGUUUAAGGUGAAGAAGAAAAAGACUAUAAAGAAAAAUAUAAAAAUAUAUUACAUUAGAAAUAACAAAUAGAAUAAAAAUUUUAAGAGAGAGAAGCUAAUUUAAUGUAGAAAGUUCAACAGUAUGAAUAAUAUAUCAGAUAAAGUAAAAUUAAAUAUGAAUAAUAUUAGAAUAAGGAAAUCCAGGAUUAGAAAAUGUUAAAUUAAAGGAAUAGUUAGAGGAACUAAAAUAACUUUAAGGAAAAUAAAAAUAAAUAUAGGAAGAAGAAAUUACAUAAAAAGUUAAAUUUUAUUUAUAUAUAAAGAUGAUUAAUUCUAAUUAAAAGAAAUAAUUGGAUGAUUUAAUAAAUACUCAAUAUUAGUAUAAAUAAAAGGUAAAGGAAUUAGAAUCCUAAUUAAAAUAAUGUGAAGAUAAAUUGAUAUCUUCCAAAUACAAAAUAGCAGAUAUGAUGAAUCUAGCAAUGGAGCUUGGUAUGACUUAACUAGUAGAUAAAUUUGCAUAAUUAUAAUAGUGAACAAUUUUAUUCAUUAUGUAAUAUAUAAAUUAAAUAAUUA